AUGACACCCAAAAUCGCCAUCAUCGGUGCUGGUCCAGCUGGUCUGACCCUGGCCUCUAUCCUCUACCGAAAUGGUAUUACCUCCACGGUCUUCGAGAGUGAUGAAUCCCCCUCAGCGCGUCCGCAGGGUGGCUCUCUCGAUCUACAUCCUCAAACCGGCCAAGCAGCAUUGGAUGCCUGCGGUUUGACCCCGCAAUUCAAGAAAUACGCUCGGUAUGAUGGCCAGGAUUUAGUUCUCAGCGACAAACACCAUAAUAGACUCAUACAACUAAAGGAUACGGAGACCGGGAAACCCGAGAUUGAUCGCACACAGCUGCGAAAGAUCCUGCUUGACUCGCUCCCGGAAGGAGUUGUGAGAUGGAACGAGCAUCUCGUUUCCGCGACUGAAGAAACCCUGACAUUCAAAACUCACGUGGAGAGCGGCUUUGAUUUGAUUGUUGGUGCGGAUGGAGCGUGGUCGAAAAUCCGGCCAUUGUGUUGCUACGUUACGCCUUUCUAUGCCGGUAUUACGGGCAUUGAAUUGGUGUUGAACGAGACAAGCAGUAAACAUUCUGAGAUCUCAGCACUUGUUGGUAACGGCUCUGUUUUCGCCAUGGCGUCCGAUGAUGGACGGGGCUUGUCCUUUCAACGUAAUGACAACGACACAAUCAAAUGUUACGCGUGGUCCCGAAGACCAGAACACUGGGUCAAAGACGGGGGUUUGAACUGGGAGAAUCGCGCGGAGGUUUGCGCUGUUCUGAAGAAAGAUUUCGGGGACUGGUCGCCUGAGUUGACCCGCAUCAUUGACGAGUGCGACAACACUCCCACGCCGAGACCACUAUACAUGCUGCCCGUAGGAAUACGUUGGCCGUCGCAGAAAAAAGUCACCAUAAUCGGCGACGCAGCACAUCUUAUGACGCCAUUUGCAGGCGAAGGAGUGAAUAUGGCAAUGGCGGAUGGUAUGGACCUCGCCGAGGCGAUCAUUGCACAGCCAGAUAAUAUUGCCGCUGCGAUCCGGGAAAUGGAACCGAAAAUGUGUGAAAGAGCAACGGGAGCGGCGGGGAUUGCUUGGGAAAAUACGAUGCUGAGGUUCGAGCCUGGUGGAUUGAAAAGGACUGAGGAUAGAUUCAAAAGACUGUUCCAGAAAACUCAGGGCAAGGCAGGCGACGAUACUCAUUGA